AUGCGUUGCUCGACACUGCUUACAAUCCUGACUGCUGUGCUGCUGUAUCUGGUGAUUGGAGCACUAGUGUUUGGCUGGCUGGAAGCUCCCAAAGAAGAACAGGCUUAUGAGGAGCUGCUCAGCUCACGACUCGCCUUCCUGAACAACCACAACUGUGUUCAACAGAGCAGCCUCAGUGAGUUCACUCAGAAAGUAAUCGAUGCAAUUGAAGCUGGUGUGGAUGCAAGAAGCAGUGCUAAUUUCUCAAGCAGGUGGGAUCUAGCCAAUGCCUUCUUCUUCUGCGGGACCAUCAUCACCACCAUUGGCUUUGGAAACCUCUCUCCAAAGACAGAAGGAGGGCAGUUGUUUUGUAUAUUUUACGCCCUGGUCGGGAUUCCCAUGUUUGGAAUACUGUUAGCUGGAGUGGGGGAUCAUUUGGGAACUAUACUCAGGAGAGCAGUGGCAAAAAUAGAAACCUUGUUCCGGCAGAAGAAAGUAAGCCACACGAGCGUACGGGUCAUAUCAGCACUGUGCUCCAUUCUGAUUGGCUGCCUGAUCUUCAUUGCCUUACCAACCCUGGUGUUUCAGGAAGUGGAAAAUUGGACGCUUCUGGAGGCAGGGUACUUUGUAGUAAUCACACUGACAACUGUGGGCUUUGGUGACUAUGUAGCAGAUAACCAGAGGAACCUCAUCCCUAUGUACAAGCCCCUGGUGUGGCUGUGGAUCGUGUUUGGUUUGGCCUAUUUUGCUUCCAUCCUCACGAUGAUAGGAAACUGGCUCCGAAUGCUCUCCAAGAAAACCAGGGCAGAGAUGGAGGAGCUCAGAGCCCAUGCCACAGAUUGGACCCAAAACAUCCAAAACAUGUCUAUGGAUUUCCGCAUCCCUGUCCCCCUGGACCUUAAUGACCCUUUCCAGCUUCAGCGGAGACGUAGAAAGAAGCGCCACCGUGGUGCCAAUCGGCGCCGUCCGAGGCUUGCUUUGGAUGGGCUUCCACUUGAUGUUUCCCUAGGGGCCGAGUCCAUCCGGGAAAAUGGCCAUCUGGUCGUGAGCUGGCCUGGUUCCCGAUAUAACUCUGCAUCUGACACCAGAUUAUACACAGGAUCUGAAAUGAGGCCUGGAUCACAGCUGACAAAAGAACAAAGAUCACAACCUGUCUCACGGUCUGAACUGAGAUCAGAUUCCUUGCCUGCAUCAAGGUCAGUUUCGGGUUCCGACUCCAUAUCCGAAACUCCAUCAGAAUCUUGGUCUGAGUCGGAGUGGAACUCACAGGGAUCAGGCUCAGCGGCCGAAGCCGAGAGUAAGCAAACAAGUAUGAAGGAUGUCCCUGUUGUCUUGGUGAGAAGUAACACAAAUCUCCCAUCUACUACUCCUCCUCCAGCUCCUUUUUCUCCCUCUACUCCUUCUUCUCUGCCACGCCCCUCUCUUUUGGACUUUUUUGGUGAAAACUUUGCAUACAUCGAUGAGUCUUCAGAUACUCUGAGCGACCGCAUCAAACUGCCUGGAGCUGGAUUGAACAUAUCUAGUAAGCCCAAGAUGAGAAGGCAGCUUCCUUACAGAGGUUCUUUAGGGCUAGAGAGAGCAUGUAGCAGUGAAUUUCAACCUCCAUCAAACCCCCCAACACCACCACCAUUUAAAAAGUGACUCAGGACGCUCGAAUAACUAUUGUAUUCACUAUGCAUAGAGCAUGUCAUUAAGUGAAUAUUUACGGCUAUGUUAAGAAUUUUAUUUGAUACUUAAUUUUUUGUACUUUUUUGCAGUUAGCCCAAACGUUCACAUGACUGUUUCAGAGAGCAUGAACUGGGAAUGAAUGAUCAAUAUAUUUAACAAUAAAAUACUUAA